AGUGUGGGGCAUAUACUGGGCAGGGCUGGGCAGUGAGUGUGGGGCAUAUACAGGGCUGGGCAGUGAGUGUGGGGCAUGUACAGGGCUGGGCAGUGAGUGUGGGGCAUGUACAGGGCUGGGUAGUGAGUGCAUGUUAUCUACUGGUAUUUCCAGCACUGGGGAUUGCAGGCUUCCUGACUGCCACCCAUGUCGUCACAGUGAUAAACAGUUUGUGGUAAACCGGCCAGGAUGCCUUUUGCCGAAACAGUGGCCAACGUGGCUCUGCGGGUGCCCAGCGUCAUGGUGCUGGACCUGCUGUAUAAAUGGGAUGUCAUUCAUUUUGUGGAACAGAUCCGAGCUAGGAAUGAGGAAAUGCUCAUCAAAUAUAAGUACGUCUUGUGGAAUGCAUACUACCUGGGUCAUCUCCUCAGUGUCUUGGUCCUGGUGUUGCCUCUCCAGCAUUUGGUGAAGUUGUACCUGUAUUUGCUCACUGCCUCAUUGCUCUACGUGGGCCACCAGACCUGCAGGAACUAUGUUCUCAGAGAGCUCGAAUCUGGCUAUGAUGGGGCUGUGUAUCUGGACCUCAUGGCAAUGCAGCGCUUUCUGAGUGCACUAACAGGUCAGCUCCUGGUCUCGUCUCUCUGCUCUUUCUUCAUGAAGCCCAAACCGUGCUGGUUGUUCUCGGCCCACCUGCUCCCCCUGCUGGCCAGGCUCUGCAUGGUUCCCCUCGCCAUGCUUCUGGUGCUCAACAAGUUAGCCAUCGUCUUCACCGGCCUCGAGGUGCUCUGCUUCUUGCUGUGCAACAUGUUUGUACCUUACAAUCUGGCCAAAUCUGCCUACCGAGAGAUUGUGCAGGAGAGCGAGCUGUACGGAGUCCUGGGCUUGGGGAUGAUGCUGUGGAACCAGUUUGCUGUGCCAGCGCUCUUCACCACAUUCUGGCUGGUGCUGUUUGUUGCGGAGAUGUACUUCUACCUCAGCUCUCACAACCAGCUGACAGCUUCCCACGAGGGUCUGAUCUUUGCCUUCCUCACCAGUGUGGCUGGGUGCUGUGUUACUCCAUACUCUCUGGUGGGGCUGACGUUCACGGUCUCUCGCCUGUCACUAGGCUUGCUUACCCUCUGCAAGUUUUACCUGCAGGGAUAUUCGGCCUUUGUUAAUGGCAACCUCAUGCACAGAGGUGUGACGGAAGGGGUGACCUUUCUACUGCUGGCCCUGCAGACGGACCUGAUUGACCUGCACGUUCUGCAGCGCACCUUCCUGCUCAGCAUCAUCCUCUUCAUCAUCUUGGCCUCCAUCCUGCAGUCAAUGCUGGAAAUCACUGACCCCAUCGUCCUUGCACUGGGGGCUUCCAGAAACAGGAGUUUAUGGAAGCAUUUCCGCGCUGUCACCAUGUGCCUUUUCCUGUUAGUAUUUCCCAGCUUCAUGGCCUAUCGGAUCGCACAGUUCUUCGAGAUGGACUUCUGGCUGCUGAUCAUCAUCUCCAGCAGUGCCCUGACCUCUCUCCAGGUGACUGGGACCCUCUUCAUCUACGGGCUUUUUGUGACUGAGGAUCUGAGGAGGGAGGCCAUUGAGAACCUGGAGGACGUCAUCUACUACGUGAACAGCUCGUGCCGGGUCCUGGAGUUCCUCGUGGCGGUGUGCGUGGUGGCUUACGGUGCGGUGGAGUCCAUCUUCGGCGAGUGGAGCUGGAUGGGGGCCUCGGUCAUCGUCGUCCACUCUUACUUCAACGUCUGGCUGCGGGCACGCGCUGGCUGGAACAGCUUCUUCCUCCGCAGGGAGGCAGCUCGGAAGAUCAGCUCGCUGCCCCGCGCCUCCCAGCAGCAGCUCCAGGACUACGCUGACGUCUGCGCCAUUUGCUACCAGGUCAUGAGAACGGCUGUUGUCACUGUGUGCGGACAUUAUUACCACACCUCCUGCCUCCGGCGGUGGCUGUACGUGCAGAAAACGUGCCCCAUGUGCCACCAACUCAUAAAGCCUUCGCCGCCUCCACCGGAACCUCCCCAGCAGGCCACGGAAGAGGAGCAGGCUCGUGAGCAGCAACAGGCCCCUCCAGGAGACAGGGAUGCAAAUGGUAUUGCGGCACCUUCCGGAGGUGGUGGUGAGGGGCGCGCGGAGGCCGCAGGCUUUGGGCCCGGUUCCGGCGGAGACGGCAGACUGGAGAGCGAUCUCGGGGAGAGCGCCGCUUCCCGACGCGAAGGCCGAGAAUCUCAGCAGAGGCCAGAGCCCGACGAAGCUCGAGCCCCUCAGGUGGACGGGGCUUUCGGGGUUCCAGAAUUGGAAGAGGACAAACCCGGGGAGGAAAGGGACUUGGCAGAAAACGCGAGGGGAAAGGGGAGCCCCGACUGCGACAAGGCUCCUGCCGAGGAGAUCGGCCUCAAGCCCGGCACAAAUGGAGAGCACGAAAUGGGCACUGUGUGCAGUGAGUCACCAAAUGCCGAUCAGGAUUUUAAACUGUUUCCAGACUUGGCAGGAACGCCAUCAGAGAGCAAAGAAUCUUUACCGUUUUCUGAAAGGAAUGACCCCUCAGGAAUAACCCUAACUUUACAGGACGAAGAGAGCUGACGGUGUUAAGGCUUGGAAAUAGAGGGAGAAAAUAAAAAAAAGUAUAUACAUAAACUACGUUACUGUUAAAACUCAAUUGGCUUAUGUUGACAAUCAGAUUAUGCAUAUAUAUCCCUAUAAAAAGUUGAACUCUGACCUUUGUUCCAGUUUGACUGUCGUCCAGUGGUGGCCAUUUUGGAAGUUGCUUGUUUUCAGAGAAGUCAGGAAGGAAAAGGGUCAAAGUUGAGCCAAUGUAUCCAUGGCCUUACUUAAGCCCAACACGUUGAGGAGUGUGUUGGUUCCCAUCCAGUGUGUGUAUUUCACCAAGGUUGCUGUUGUGUGGAGCCUUACAGAUAGCCUCAGAGGCCUGAGCUACCCAGGAAUGACGAGGUAAAAAUAGGUGUCGCUCUUCUUUAUUCGUUCAAGGGAUGUGAGCGUUGCUGGCUGGGCCAGCAUUUUUGCUUAUCCCUAAUCCCCUUGAGAAAGUGGUGGUGAGCUGCCUCCUUGAACCGUUGCAGUCCAUGGGGUGUAGGUGCACCCACAGUGCUGUU